AAUCUUGGCCAUAGCUCCUUCUUUGCCUUUAUUAAAAUCCCAACAAUGAACGUCUUGUCAACCAACCCAUAGCCCAUGCUGGUUUAAGCUUUUAUUUUUUUAUUUUUAUUUACCCCUUUUCUCUCAUCUUCUUCAACUUUCUCAGCUCAUUUCUGGGUUUCUUUUCCUUUAUCUGGGUACCAUUCUUUUAUGCAAUUUUCACUUCAAGAAUCAAGACCCUUUGAUAUAAAACUGCAAAGGAUUUCAUUAGUUUUCCAUUCGUUUUAUUGUUAGAUUUUAUAUGAAAAAAUGGUGAGCUGUGUUUUUUUUUUUUGCAGUGAAUGAUCAGUAGGGUGUCUUAGCUAUAUACUCUUUUAGGGUUUCCAUUCUUUAGGGUUUUCUUUACCUUUUUCUUUUAAAAUUUUGCUUGUUCAGUUUUAUAAUAAUGGAGGAAUAUAAUCAGAUAAAUGAGAAUAGUAGUACUAGUAGGGGAAAUUUCUUGUACGCAUCUCAAGUUCUUGCAUCAAAUGGUUCUCCAUAUGGUAGAACAAGUAGUGGGUCAAUACCGCCAGUUUUAACCUCUUUUCAUCUUCAACCGAGUGAUCAACACCCAAUUGUGAAAACUGAAGCUAGUGCCUCACAACAUGCCCAAAAAUUCCAUUACAACAACAACAACAAUAACCCGUUGUUGAGAGGGCACCAACCAAUUCAUCACCAACAAAAAGGGAAUGAAAGCUCUAGUGAAGUGGAAGCUAUUAAAGCCAAGAUCAUAGCUCAUCCUCAGUACUCUAAUCUCCUUGAAGCUUACAUGGAUUGUCAAAAAGUAGGAGCUCCACCUGAAGUAGUGGUACGACUAGCAGCUGUUCGACAAGAGUUCGAAGCAAGGCAAAGAUCUUCAGUAACAUCAAGAGAUAACUCAAAAGACCCAGAACUUGAUCAGUUUAUGGAAGCUUACUAUGAUAUGUUGGUGAAAUAUCGGGAGGAACUAACGAGACCAAUACAAGAAGCUUGGGAUUUCAUGCGGAGGAUCGAAGCUCAACUUAACAUGCUUGGCAAUGGUCCUGUGCGGAUCUUUAAUUCUGAUGAGAAAUGUGAAGGUGUUGGUUCAUCCGAAGAGGAUCAAGACAAUAGUGGCGGAGAAACCGAACUCCCUGAAAUCGACCCACGUGCUGAAGAUCGAGAACUGAAGAACCAUUUAUUGAGGAAAUAUAGUGGUUACUUAAGUAGUCUCAAGCAAGAACUAUCCAAGAAAAAGAAGAAAGGGAAACUACCCAAAGAAGCUAGACAAAAAUUGCUUAGUUGGUGGGAGUUACACUACAAAUGGCCGUACCCGUCGGAGACUGAGAAGGUGGCAUUGGCUGAAUCAACUGGUUUAGACCAGAAACAAAUUAAUAAUUGGUUCAUAAACCAAAGGAAACGCCAUUGGAAACCUUCUGAAGACAUGCAAUUCAUGGUGAUGGAUGGUCUGCAUCCGCAAAAUGCAGCUUUAUAUAUGGAUGGUCAUUACAUGGGUGAUGGUCCUUACUGUUUGGGACCAUGAUAAUGUGCAAUACACCAUUAUAUAUAUAUGUGCUUGUUGUUUGUUUAGUUACACUGCAGUCACAGUGUAUGUUCUUUCGAUAUUACAAACAUCCUUUUUAUAAUGUUGUGCAUUCGUCGUCAUUUUACCAGUUACACAAGAUUUGGGAUGUUUGCUUUUUUUUGCUGCUCAUGUUCGAUGGUAUGCUGUCGUGCUUUGUCUGCAAGUAGAAGGGCAUGUAAGGAGCUUUAAUCCUGUAAGAGAGAUGGUAAUUGUGUAAUUGAAAUUUCAUGUCUGUAUGUUUAAGUACUACCUGUUUUAAGUGUAUAUAGUGCUAAACAGUUAAUGAUGUUGUAGUACUUGGGGAUCUUAAUCUGUCUUGAAUAACUUAGAACUUUUGUCUUGAUGGAUGGUUAUAAUUGGAUGGAUGGUUAUAAUUGCCAGUGA